AUGGAGGAGUACACACGUGAGCCGUGCCCCUACCGAAUCGGUGAUGACAUCGGCUCCGCCUUCGCCAUGGGCCUGGUCGGCGGCUCGAUUUUUCGCUCCUUUUCUGGGUACAAGCACUCUGCGACCGGCCAAAAAUUGGUAGGCAUGGCGCGCGAAGUUCGAAUGAAGAGUCCGCUCACGGGAGUCCAAUUCGCGGCGUGGGGUGGAAUGUUCAGCACGAUCGACUGUUGUUUAGUGGCGAUUCGGAAAAAGGAAGACCCAUUCAAUUCGAUCACCUCCGGGGCCCUCACCGGUGGCCUCUUGGCCAUUCGCUCUGGCCCGCGGGUGAUGGCUGGUUCAGCGCUGCUCGGUGGAGUCAUUCUUGCUAUGAUUGAGGGCGUCGGUCUGGUGACGGCACGAUGGAUGGGCUCCAUGAUGGACCCGACGGCUCCUCCUCCAGAGCCCCUCGACGAUCCGCGAGCUCUUCCGCCCGCCAAAUCCCCGACAGAGCCCGGUCUUUCGCAAGCACCCAAUGACAAUGCUCCCUUCGGCCUCCCCGGCCUCAAUAUGAACCGA